AUGCUACAUUUCUGGAGUUUUCGACGCUUAUGGUUCUAUUUAUUGAUAUUUGAACACAUUAACAUUCGACAUGUUACAACGACAUGGCCGUCGUCCAAUUCUUCGUCUGCACAACUGCUCGGCCUUUUCUAUGACGCAUCAAACUCAAUUGAUUAUUCAGCAGUAGCUAAACAUCCUCCUGCCAUGUUCAAAGCAGCUAUUCUACUUUCUCAACAGUACAACCUAACACUUGAUGGUCAACUCCUUCAAUGGCAAACUGUCAGGACUACAAACGAUACUAUGAAAACUCUUCGAGAUAUUUGCGUGAUAAUGUCGAGUACAAACACUGUGGGUAUAGUUGGGCCAACACUCUCACGCGAAGCUCACAUUGUUGGUCCGUUUGGUGCAACAGUCGGUAUUCCUGUUGUCUCACACUCUGCUACUGAUCCUGAUCUAUCGAAUCGACGCAUGUAUCCGGCGUUUUAUCGCACAGUUCCAGCAGACGAGACAGCAGCAUUAGCACUAAUGCAGUUAUUUAUGUAUUUCAAUUGGACAUCAAGUCUAAUUAUCUAUCAAAAUGACGACUACGGAAACGGCGGUGUCAGAGCUGUCACUAAGACUUUUAAUAAUAACAAUCUGACGGUGGCGAACACAUUACAGUUUAACAUUGCCACUCUAAGUAUUCAAGGUGAUCUACACAGUAUUUUAGCAAACGGUCAAACACGAAUUGUUAUACUAUGGGCUAUAGCACAAUACGCAUCUGUAAUUAUAGAAAAAGCCGUUUUGUCUAACGUUCUAGGCCCGGAAUUCAUCUGGAUUUUGAGUGAAAGUAUUCCAUUGAGUUCCUUCAACCAAACGUUAUCUUCAGAACUGAUUGGCAUGUUCACACUGGAGCCAGUCGUUGGUAAUCUUGUCAACGCACCAGUAAAUAGAACAUUAUUGAGUGAAGCAUAUGAAAUCUGGCAAAAGUACGAACCAGAAACCUUUCCUGGUGCCAGUAAAGUCGAUUACUAUGCACUAUUUGCAUUUGAUGCUGCGUGGCUAUUGAUUCAGUCACUAACACAGAUCUGUGUCAAUUCUUCUUCUUGUCUGUCAUUCACAAACACAUCGUUUUGUUUCGAUCGACACUUUCUCAAUUCAAAUUCCCUAUUCAGCGCAAUUAAUCAGAAUACAUUUCUCGGUGUAUCUGGCUUGAUUCAAUUCGCUGCGAAUCUGACCGAUCGCAUCAACGGAAAUUAUUACAUUCUCAAAAAUAUUCAGGAAUCUUCAACGGGCCUAGACUAUGUACCAGUACUAUCCUGGUCGGAUAUGAAGCAUUGGUCGUUGUACUCUCAGACAAGUACUAUCCUAUGGCCAGGAGGUACGCUAAAACCUCCGAGUGGUUAUGCAUCAACUUCUGGUGUUACUUUUCGAAUUGCGAUGAUUGAAAGCUCACCGUUUACGAUGAAAACAGAAGUCAAGGAUCGAUUAGGCAACUCCACGACCAAACUAAUUGGCUACAUGCCCGAUCUGCUUGAAUAUCUACGCAGUAAAAUGGGCUUCAUUCCUCAGAUAGUACUAGUGCCAUCAAAUCACUCGUACAAUGGAUUGAUCGAUGAAGUAGCAAGUGGCAUGUAUGAUCUGGUCGUAGCAGAUGUAACGAUCACUGCUGCACGUAGGGAGAAGGUCGACUUUUCUAUAUCAGUUUUUGACAAUUCUUUACGUAUUAUCGUACGAAAUGCAGUCGAGGUCAGCAUUGACCUGAUCGGAUAUUUAAAACCGUUUUCAAGAACCGUGUGGCUAUCUCUUCUGGCGGCAAUGGUUUAUGCCGGUGGAUUAAUUUUUCUAUUCGAACGGCAGCAAAAUGAAAUACUACGCGAAAGAUCAACGGCCUCGGCGAUGAUAUUGAGUGUUUGGUUCUCGAUGGGUACUUUAUUAGGGAACGGUGUUGACUUUCAUGUAGCAACAGCUGCUGGUCGCAUAUUGACAGUGGGUCUCUAUGUGUUAAGUCUAAUAUUGAUAGCAGCCUAUACAGCUAAUUUAGCAUCGGAUUUAACGAUACAGAAGUCGACAAGUCUGAUUAGUGGAAUCGAUGAUAUAAGAAGCGGAAAAAUUCCAUUUAGUCGCAUCGGCAUUAUCGCUGACUCCUCGAUAGAAGACUAUUACUUACGAGAGAUUUCCGAUGGUAGCCGCAAUUUUUAUCCAGUCCUGGGGGUCGGAGAUAUCUAUGCAAAACUUUUAGAUGAAACUAUUGAUGCAGCUAUCAUGGAUGUGGGCCCUUUAGAGUACAUGACAAGCUACGUAUACUGUAAUUUAACUUUGGUUGGAUCUGAUUUUGAUAAAAGCGCAAUCGGAAUUGUUUUUCCAAAAGAUUGGAUCUACUUGAAAGAUUUCGACGUAAACAUUUUGUCAUUAAGAGAAUCGGGUGUAUUUGACACGUUGAAAAGAAAAUGGUUCGAAGGAAACACUUGUUCGAACACGGCGGAGAUAUCUACCGCGAUGGCCAUGGAAUCAAUGGCUGGACUGUUUUUGACAUUUGUCAUUAUAAGUGUUCUAGCCAUACUAUUGUACUUAUGGCUAAAGCGGUUGGCGAUCAAAGAUUAUUUCUCGAUUAAAAUGCAUCAAAAGACAUUGAAAGUAGAAUUACCGUAG